AUGUCUAACUUCAAAUUUUCCUUUCAUCCUGCUCUUGCUGUAUCCAACAUCAAGAACCAUGUUCCCAUCACUCUUGAAAUGGAGAACGAUAACAAACACUCUCGUGCUGUCACCCUUGAGUACGACUUCACUUAUGUCGACAUGGCAGAUUUUUCGAAUGUCUCUGCCUAUUAUCAACAUCUCAAAUCUCUGGCGGAUCAACUCAAGAAUGUCGGCUCCCCGGUCGCUAACGAUCGACUAGUUCUUCAAUUGGUCUCUGGCCUUACUGAGCCCUACCAAGGUGUGGCCACUCUUAUUCGCCAACGUGACCCGUUGCCUCAAUUUUAUCAAGCCCGUUCGAUGCUCACUCUUAAGGAGGCUGACCGUGCUAAGAAAACGGCCCAAAGCUCCUCCGCUGCCUUAGUUGCUCUCUCUUACGAGGGUCCUGAUGUUCCUGAUAAUUCCUCUUCCAACCGCAUGUCUAAUGGUGGAAAGAAGAACCACAACCGAGGCAAUAAUGGGGGGAAAUAUUGCGGCAACAAUGGUGGUCGUGGAGGCGGUAAAGGAGAUGCCAAUAGCGGCGGUAAUGCAGGCCGUGGUGGUCAGUUGGGAGGCGGCAACAACUGCGGCACUGGGCAACAGUCAGCGGGGCAGAACCCUUCAUUCUCUUCUCCAUGGGCUGGCGGGCAGCAGUGA